AUGCGGAGGCACUCGUUAGCUGGCUCUCCAUCAACAACCACAACAAUCAAAUUGACGCACAUGCACGUGGACAUGCACACGCACGUGGACAUACACAUGCAGAAGCUCAAGGAGCGGCAGCAGCGCAAGACCAUCACCCGUGACUACAACCUCGUGCCCACCUUCCUGGGCAAGGACAAGAAGGAGAAAGAGGAGAUGGCAACGCACAAAGUCACCAAGGAGUAG